AUGAUUAUGGUUAAUUCGGGACUCGGUUUAGGUAAUGCUUUGGUUAAAAAAGUACUCGAUGGUGGGGUUAACCAUAUGGUUAUUGCAACGUACCGUCUCGCAAUUUCCACCGUAUUUUUGGCACCAAUCGCAUAUUUCUGGGAAAGCGCAAGUUUGACUCAGUAUUUCUACCUACUUGGGCUAUCGUACACAUCGGCUACGUUAGCAUGUGCUUUUAUGAGUAUGGCACCUGCGGUUACAUUCGUUAUGGCUCUAAUAUUCAGGGUAGAGAAGCUAAACAUGAAAAGCAAAGCAGGUAUGAGGAUGGUGAUGGGCACUUUGAUAUGCAUAGGAGGAGCUUUAUUACUCACAAUGUACAAAGGUGUUGCCUUGACAAAACUUCACAAGCUAGAAACUCAUUCAUCGAUCAACAAUAAAUCUGCAAUGAAGCCUGAGAAUUGGAUCAUCGGAUGCGUGCUUCUCUUCGCGGGUACUAGUUGCUUCGGGUCCUGGAUGCUAAUACAAUCCAAAGUGAACGAUAAAUACCCUUGUCAAUACUCGAGUACCGUUGUAUUAUCCUUCUUUGGUACCAUCCAAUGCGCCCUUUUAAGCCUAAUCAAAUCUAGAGAUAUCUCGACUUGGAUCCUCACUGAUAAACUCGAUAUCAUGACCGUUGUUUAUGCAGGAGCGGUAACACAAGGAAUAAAUACGGUGGGAACUUCUUGGUGCAUCAGAAAGAGAGGACCUAUCUUCACUUCUGUUUUUACUCCAGUCGGACUUAUAUUCGCAACCCUAUUUGAUUUCUGGAUCCUUCAUCGUCAAAUUUGCAUUGGAAAUGUUAUCGGGUCUGGAAUCGUAAUCUUUGGACUAUACAUAUUCUUGUUGGGAAAAGUCAGGCAAAUGAAGGAAGAAUCUGAAAAGAAGUUACCUUCUCAUGUUAGUGAAGAAGAAGGGGAAAAUGAUGAACAUUACAAAAAGGGUCAUCUUAUGGUUGUUCCAAUGACUCCUUAA